AGAAAACAAAAAGAAAAAGGAAAGAAAGAAAAUCAAUUGCAGAGAGGCAGAGCGGAGCAACGGCAAUGGAAGCUCAGGCGCAGGGUGAAGAAUUUGCUGUGGGCUGUAUGCUAUCAAUCAAGACCACCCUCGGAGAGGAGUUCCAAGGCCAAGUUAUCACCUUUGACCGCCCAUCCAACCUCCUCGUCCUUCAAGAGGGAGUGAAAUCUGGGGCAGGACCAAAGAGGAAUAUAAGGCUACUCAAGGCUAAUUAUAUCAAAGAAUUCAGCUUUUUAGGUCAAGGGGAAGACCCACUUGAUGUUAAUAAGUGUUUUCUUGAUCUCAACACUCUUCAAGCUAGGGAGGAGUCUGCUAUUAGACAAGCUGAGGCUGAUGCUGAGAGGAUUGGAGUGGGCGUUACUGCUGAGGCGCAGAGUCUUUUUGAUGCUUUAUCUAAAACGCUUCCUGUUCGCUGGGAUAAGACCACCAUAGUUGUGAUGAAUGAAGUGCGUGUUAGCAGCCCCUAUCUCCCUGAGUCAGUUACUGGAGGAACUCCUGCUGCCAAUGAACGAGUACGGAAAGUGCUUGAAUUUGAGAAAAAGAGGUUGCAAUCUCGGAAUCUUGGUCAAUGAUGGAUUGAGCUUCACCACAUUCAAGCCAAAGAUUUCGCUUUCGAACCCUGAGACUGCUAAGGCAAAGAGUUUCAGAUAUUGGGCAAUGGUGGCGUUUAUUUUGGCAAACCUCACUCGACGAGUGGAUCCGAGGGAUGUUGAGUUUCAUAAACUUGUGGAGAUUUAUUGCUAAAUUAGUUUUCCAUCAAAUAAGCAAAACUAAUUUUAGAAUUAGACCAAGGUAAACAUGAACACCGAGAAACUUUCAGCAACAGCUGAUAUCGUUCUUUACAGUAUGCGAACCAAGUAAACUGCUUCCUUGCUUAAUUUAUCGGUGGCGGGGCAGGUGUUCUUCCCAAGUUUAUUUCCUUGAUUCUCGAACUCUUGGAUGGAUCUAGUGUAUAAUGCUUUGUUCAUCCAA